UCUUUUCCCCUCUCACCCUGUCACUUGAGUUCCUCGCGGUGCUGGGACAGCAAACUUUUAUACAUUAAGUCCUGGCAAGGGGAAACUCUUUAUCUCCUAUGGAUCUCUAAAGUGAGAUAUUGGGCCAGACAGAAGAAAGUGAAUUUUCGGGAGUGUCUGAUAUUUUUCAGAAGGAUUUAACCUGCUGGGAAGUGGUAGCUUUAUUCUUGGAGUAUGACAGAAAAAGAGGUCCUUGAGCCACCUGCAUCACCCACAUCUGAAGGAGGGAAAUCCACAGAAGGGCUGCAGCGGCUAAAGCAGAUUUUCCAACGCAAGCCCAAUGAAGAGGAGGAAGAUGCUGCCCCAGAGGAGCCACAGGCCAAUGGAGAGCUGGUCAGCCCUUCAGGGGGACCGAUUUACUACAUCUAUGAGGAAGAGGAGGAGGAGGAGGAAGAAGAGCCUGAACCACCGCCUGAGCCGGAAAAACCCGUGAAUGACAAACCUCACAAGUUCAAGGAUCAUUACUUCAAGAAGCCCAAGUUCUGUGACGUCUGUGCCCGCAUGAUUGUCCUCAACAACAAAUACGGCCUGAGAUGCAAGAACUGCAAAACCCACAUCCAUCAUCAGUGUCAAGGUUAUGUAGAAUUUCAGCGCUGCUUUGGCAAAAUUCCCCCAGGUUUCCGUCGUGCUUACAGCUCCCCAUUGUACAGUGCACAACAAGUUGCUAACCGAGGUGACCCUGUGUUUGAGACGCUGCGGACGGGUGUUGUCAUGGCAAAUAAAGAGCGCAAGAAAGGACAGGAUGACAAAAAGAAUCCAUUGGCUGCUAUGAUGGAAGAGGAAACAGAGGGCCCUAAGGAAGAAGGUAACAAGCCAGAGGAAGGAAAUCAAGAAGGCCAGAAGACUGAGAAGAAUGCCCCUGAUGACAAGAAUAAGAAGCAGCAACCUGGAUUCCAACAGUCACACUAUUUUAUUGCAUUGUAUCGCUUCAAAGCCUUGGAGAAGGAUGACCUGGAUUUCCAUCCCGGAGACAAAAUUGUCAUUGUGGAUGACUCCAAUGAAGAAUGGUGGCGGGGCAAGAAAGUUGGAGACAUUGGGGACAAAAUUGGAUAUUUCCCACCAAACUUCAUUAUCCGGGUGCGUGCAGGAGAGCGGGUACACAAGGUGCUGCGUUCCUUCGUGGGCAACAAAGAGAUCGGACAGAUCACACUAAAAAAGGAUCAGAUUGUGGUGCAGAAGGGCGAGGAACUGAAUGGCUAUGUGAAAGUCUACACAGGCCGCAAGGUGGGGCUCUUUCCUGCCGACUUCCUUCAAGAGAUCUAAGGCUCUGUCCUGCCCUUUGUAAUGGUUUUGUAGCCAAGGCCAAGGAAGGCCAAGUUGUUUCUUUGGAGAGAGAUUCUCAGCUGCCAAGAACUCUCUGCAGUGGAGUUGGGCUCCGUGAGUUCCUGUGGCCCAGAGUGAAGACAUCCCACCAAGCCUUGCAUCUUUGAGCAUAAGGAAAAGAAUGCAUAAUGUUGACAUCUGAAGGGCCUUGAACUCUGGUUGGGUGGCAGAUUCCUGAAUGAAUUUAGCCAGUGUCCCUUCAGGAUAGAGCCACGGUGGUGCUAGGAUGCAGUCAAAGCUUCCUGCUUCCUGUCUGCAAAAGAAAACGGAUAGUGAUUGUUCACGCUGACUGCCAGACUUGACAAAAUGACAUUUGUUGCUGAUGCCCCUUGCAGGUGGCACCUUGCUUGUGUGUGCAUGUGUUUACUCAAGAGACAAUUCAAGUGACUGUCCUUUUGCUGACAGUGGCAGAUCUGGCGCCUGGAGUUACUUGGAUUGCUUAAUUUUUGUUAUGUUUUGCCACUACAUGUUACCGCUCUUGAUUCCUCACUGUCCUACCAACCUUGAGAUAAAGGUGGAAAAUUUGAGAUGAUCAUCCAACAAAACGGCUGAAUUGUUUGGGAGGGUUAUGGACUGCUCAACUCUAGUUAUGUUGAAAUAAUGCACCUCUCUCAUUAUCCUCUUCAUCUAUUUUCUUACCAUUGUAUUAGUUUUGGUUGUGUGAGAGAACUCAUGUCAUAUACAAUAGUAAUUUUGGCAGCAUACACUUAUAUAUGUUUCUUUAUACAUAUGUACUGUCAUGGCGCUAUCUGUUGACACAUGAUUGGAGAAAGAGUAACUAAUGACCUUAUCACAUGUGGAAAUUUCAGUGUUCUAGGAUGCUUCUGCCUCAGUUGAUUCACAGAGCCCCAUGCCACUCGUCACAUGACAUAGACUCACAUCUGGUGGGGUUCUGUGGCUCAACUGGAGCAAAAGCAUCCUAGUAUGCUUUGCCACAAACUUGGGAGCUAUCACGGGGGGAAGCUGCA